AUGGCUACCCCAAUCGAGAGCCACCCUCGGGCAAGCCUUCACCCACUAUGGACACCUUCAUAUAACCAAGGAGGAUUCCCUCGUUCCUCGACUUCAAGCAGACCUACUGCUCCUAGCUCGUAUUACAGCCCAUCCGAUCGUUCACCCAAAAGCCUGCCCACUCCGGUAUUUCCUUCCAACGAUGGCUCAAUGAGACAGCAUGAGCGCGCCAUGGUCGACCGCCUCGGCUCCAGACUCCGACAAGCUCCAGGCUCCGGUGACCUUAGCCCGCCCAAGUCAGCAAACCGGCCGAGUCCGCUUUCUCCUCUCGCAGAGCACUCAGCAAGUGACGGUAGACGUUAUUCGGCUGCGCCUAUAAGCCCUCGCCGGCCAGGUCCGCCGCCAUCAGCAACUCCGGUCUCACCACCUAUGGCUAGCAGUGUUCGAAGGCAGACUCUCGCAGCGGAAACUCGAUCGAUGCUUCUCGCCGGUCUGGGCGAAGAGGCACAACGACGACAGUCUGUAGCAGGACCCGGAUACGUCGCCAGGUCCAGGGAGGCUGAGAAGCGCGUUCAACUUGAGCAGCUACGAGCAUGGGGUCAUGUGUAUCUUGGUGAUGCCAAAACCUCCGACGUCUUCGUUCAAGCUAUGUCUCUUAAUCGUCGAAGCUCCAAUGCGAGCACCAACUCGGAUCAAUCUGCUGGAGGUUCUUCGCCUCCACGAAUGCCGUCCACGCCGACUCUCCCACCUCACCAGCGUCAAAUGAAGUUUGGAGUUCGUCCUCGAGCUCUGGAACGCAAGCCGAUGCUCAUCACUCACACUUUCGACAUUGAGCAGUUACGCUCCACCAUCGCGGACCCGUUGCCAAGUCCUGUUCCCGCGGAUCAAAGACGGCGGCCAUCUCUGCAUACUCAGGCCACUUCACCGCUGCCAAAGGUCUCAUCUCCUCGACCGAGCGCGGCACGAAGACGGUCGAGCAGUGCAAUCCACAGCACGCUCCCUUACAGCCGCGGGCUAAAAUCUGGAGAUCCCCGCGCGGCUUCAUCGCGUGGCGCCGACACUAUACCAAUCCAUCUCCAAUACGCCAGGUCCUCACUCCCGGUGUUGGCGGCUAUCAUCGUCUCUGGUACAGUCCAGGCUGGCGACGUUGUCGAGUUGCCAUUACCGUAUCCCGAAGUGUGGUCCCAAACAGUCACCUAUGUCUACACGGGACAAGGGGACUUGACGGAUGCAGUCAAAGAGAACAUCCUCUACCUUGCAGGAAAGGUUUAA